GCCUUCUGGAGCCACACACCAGGAACGCAGCAUACUGUACUGGUCGCCAUCAAAGCUGGGCGCGCGGAGAACACGCUGAGUUCCCAGGUCCUGAUCAGCUCUUCCCAGCCUCAGAGAAGCCAUGGCAGCCUGCCGCAUCCAGUACUUACUGCUCCUCUUCCUGCUGGGAGCUUCCCACUGGACUUUGGUCCAGAACCUUCGCUGCAUAGUGAGUAGAGUCCGGCGUUUAGAGGAUGAUCCAGGCCGAACCUUUAACUGGACUUCAAAGACUGAGAAGGUUGAGAGUUGCAAUUCUGGAGAACUUUGCCAGGAAACUGUGCUGUUGAUUAAAGCGGAAGGAACCAAGACUGCUGUUUUGGCCAGUAAGGGUUGCGCCACUCAAGAAACAGAGUCAGUGACUCUGAUCCAGUACACCCCACCCCCUGGCCUGAUCGCCCUCUCCUUCAGUAACUACUGCAACAGCACCCUCUGCAACAACAGCAGCAACAUAUCUGUAUUCUGGAAACCACCGGACACCACAGUAACUUCCAGUAUGCCAGGAAACCUCCGCUGCCCAACAUGUGUGGCUCUGGGGUCCUGUCCCAGUGCCCCCUCUCUGCCCUGUGCCAACAGUACAACUCAGUGCUAUCAAGGAAAACUUGAGCUCUCCGGAGGAGGAAUGAACUCCAUCGUGCAUGUUAAAGGCUGCACCACUGCAAUUGGCUGCAGACUGAUGGCUUCAAUGACCUCAGUGGGACCCAUGGUGGUGAAGGAGACCUGCAGUUACUACUCUUUCCUCCAGCCCAGAAAGGCAGAAGGAAGAAGUAGGGCCUCCUGGAUGCUCAGCUCACUGUGGGUGCUGGAGCUGCUCUUGCCAACACUGCUGGUGGCCCUGAUCCACUUACCCUGAGAGGGCGCUGCCAGGGUGGGGGGCUAGGGUUUGGCUAGGAAGGAGCCUUCUGUCUGCUGACCACCAGUUUGAAGAAUGGGAGGAGGGAGGUUUGAGGAGCAGAGAAAUAGGAUGAGUGUGUAUUUGACACAAAUAAUAAACUUUGUGCUUUGUUAUUA